CAAAUUCAUCAGCCCAGACACGGCCACUCGAAUUCUUGAAGUACAGCUCGGACGCUGAUGAAUUAACGCCGUAUCCUUGAGCAGUAUUCUACCUGCUAGGCCGACCAAAACCAUGGCCUCCAACAUAUCCUCCCAAGGCGCAAGGGCUAUUCAUUCAGCGGCGACUUCAAUGCCAUUCCUAUACCAGACCAGGACGCUGUGCAGCAGCAGGAAGCCAAUGCGACAACCGGCACUGAGACUCAUACUUUCUCGUCCAAGUCGAUCCCAGUUAUUCCAUAGCUCCGGUAGCUCUUGUAUGAGGGUCAGCAGGACCCUUUGGAGUGACAAAGAGGACCCUGACGCCGCCACCCCUUCGAGUACCGAGACUCCUAUAUCACAAGACAGACCGUUGAUUAGGAGAUACAUUGUAGACCGCAAGUCCAACAAAGUCGAGGAGGAGGAGGAGGAUGUUCCAUGGGACUCACCAUCUUUUGGCCGACGAACAGAUCAAGUAACAACCGAUGCAGUGUCUGAGGCCGAUGAUAUCCAAUUCGACAUGGCCCAGUCCUACGACCCAUUUGCAGAAGAAGAAGAUAUGUUCUCGGAAUACGAGGGCGAACCCGACUUCACUAUCCCAUCGGCCAGGAAGCCGGGAGAGUCUACGAUAACACUAGAAGAACGGGACACCUUCCAGCGCAUCUUUUCCGAUAUCUACGCUCGUUCGCAGAGCACCAGACCUCAGGAACAAUCGCUGGUCGACCUAUCUGAGGUCAACAAGGAGAACGCAAGAGAGAAACUCCACUCAAUCAUGGAAGAGGCUGUGCGCCUUCCACAAAACACCCUCUUCACAAGCCAACCCCGCGAGAAAAACCUCGAUACAUUGAAACAGUACCCCAUAGCCCUCCGAGCCGUUGCCGCACGAGCGCUUGGCCUGGAAGGAAAACCUUCUCGAACGAACCAACCCCCGCAAGAAAAACCGAUUGACAAAUACAAAGAGUUCAGACAACAGGAGCAAGAAAGAGUGGAAGCCGCAAUGCGCGCUGCACCAACAGAUAUAGCUCUUUGGGCAGUCAUGGAGAAGGAAGUCUUCAGUCUCAUCCCACGUCUCGGACUCGAGGAAAGAAAGGCCCCAGUUCCACCACCUCUUAAGAAGAAGGGUCGCAAAUCUUCCAAGAAGGCGGUAGAGAUGACGGCAGAGGAACCUACGGGAGUGACGCCAGCGCCCGAGCCUCUGGAUAUAAACCUCUAUUUCCCGCUGUACGCCUCAUACCUCCUCUACGGACUACGUCUCCUCCACCACUCAUUCGCAAAACAUUCGCCUCUAGCAUGUAACGUGCUACCCCGAAUCAAAUCUCUAGGUCUCGUGUCCCACGUUCUCGGUGGAACGACGGCAUUAUACAAUGAGCUUCUGCGGAUCUACUGGUUCCAGUACGACGAUUUCAGCGGUGUCAUUAAACUGCUCGAAGAGAUGGAGGAAUCGGGAUUAGAGCUUGAUGAGGAGACAUUGGAUGUCGUCACUGAUAUCCAGCAGAUGCAGGCUAGGUAUUUGUUUUCAAGGGAGCAGAAGGCGCAGAGGACGCCGAUUCAUUUGUUGUGGACGAUGAAUGAGUUUGCGCCUGGGAGGUUCAGGUCGUGGCAGACGAGGAUUAGGGAUACGCUUGACAGAGAGGAAUAGAUGUCUGGUCAUUUUAAUUGCUGCGGUAGCAAUGAUGCCUAGUUGGGCCUUGUAAGAACAUAUAAUUGUAACAUACUGUAACACCAUCUGUAGAGACUUUAGGAUACCCUAUAUAAUUGAUAGCACUGUCUACACGGAAGUCAUAACGAAGAC